UGGGGUUUCCCUUCUCUGCCAUCCAUCCCUCUUCAUCACUCCCCUUAAGGCAACUGUUGUUCAUGCGGUGGCGCGAUUCAGACAUUUCAGAAGAAGUCUCUGAAACGUGCUUCAAUCGGCGAAGAACCUUUUUGAUGGGAAGGAUUUUCAUCUCGAGACGUUAGUGUUAGUGCGAUCAUGAUCUUGAUGAACACUCUCUCCCUCUUACGUAAUGCCUCCCCACUAAACACUCGCUAAAACACAGCAUAUAAAACAAGAUCGAGUCACCUAAUCCUGUCUUCUUGCGUUCGAUUGGAGCAUUUUCGGUAUUCUCUCCAAUUGCGCAAAGACACAGGUGGAGCAGCUGACUUUUUGGACUGUACCCAUUUGGAAAAACGCACAGCAAAGUGCGUAUAAUUGGGCUUUCAACACCCCCAUUCUCUCCAUCGCCUUUCGGUGUUUCCCUUUCCUGUCUAUCCCGUCUGACACCCUCGCUCUCAGUCCCGUUUGACGCCAUGGAUUCUUGCGACUCUUCCACUGACAAGAGAUCAGAUGCUUCAGAGAUUGGCAAUGCUUGUGAUUCCAAAGUUCAUGUGUUCUCGUCAUCAUCCGAGCUGCUUGACAAGCUGCAUGAGAAGUGGAGUUUGGCGAAAAAGCAGCCGUACCCUGCGAUGUAUUCAAGCGUUUUUGGUGGAAUAAUACUCGAUCCAGCUAUGAUGGUCAUACCAAUUGAUGAUCACAUGGUUCACAGAGGUCAUGGCGUGUUUGAUACAGCAAUCAUUUUGGAUGGAUACCUCUAUGAACUGGAUGUCCAUUUGGAUCGCUUCCUUAGAUCAGCAUCAAAGGCAAAAAUCUCUUCUCCUUUCCCUCAGUCCACCCUCCGAAGAAUUCUCAUUCAAUUGACUGUGGCGUCACAAAGCAAGAAAGGAACUCUGAGAUACUGGUUAAGUGCUGGCCCUGGGGAUUUUCUGCUCUCACCUGCCGGUUGCCCAACCUCUGCUUUCUAUGCUGUGGUCAUCGACGAGGACUUCUCUCAAUGCAAAGAGGGAGUGAAAGUCAUAACUUCCACGAUUCCAAUGAAGUCAGCUCUAUUCGCUACCAUGAAGAGUGUGAACUACCUACCAAACGUGCUUUCCAAAUUGGAAGCUGAAGAGCAGGGAGCAUUCGCUUCUAUUUGGGUCGAUGACGAAGGUUAUAUUGCUGAAGGACCGAACGUGAAUGUGGCUUUUGUAACGCACGAGAAAGAGCUGAUCUUGCCCGUGUUUGACAAGAUCCUCAGCGGGUGCACCGCCAAAAGGCUUCUUCAGCUGGCUCCGAAACUGGUCGAGCAGGGACUGCUCAAGAGUGUGAAAACUGCCAAUCUAACUGCAGAGGAAGCCAAAGGCGCAGCCGAGAUGAUGUAUGUGGGAAGCACCCUUCCUCUGUUGCCGAUAAUCAUGUGGGAUGACGAACCUAUUGGAGAUGGGAAGGUGGGAGAAUUAACAAUGGCACUUUCUGAUCUGGUUUGGGAAGACAUGGUGGCCGGUCCGGAAACACAAAGGUUGCGCGUUCCGUACGCGUAGAGAACCUCCAUUUUAUCCGAUCUUGGAGGCGAACUCGAGAUUGUUAAAUCCUUUGAUUAGCCUUCUUGCUGCAAUUUAAGGAGAGCUUUCUGUAUCAUAUUCUCCUUGUUCUUGUGUUAAAUGGCAAAUAAAAGAUUGGAUAGCUCUGCCUCUGAAAGUUCGCCUAGAGAGGAAAAAAAAGAGAGUUUUUGCAGUUGAAACUAAAAUUACUAAAUAAUUUUUCCUUCUUUC